UUAUAUUGAGUUACAGAUAAAACUCUCCUUAUCUUAACUUUUCUGUACUUUCUGUGUGAGUCUGCUUGUAAGUUAUUCUCAGGAUACGGAAAUUCAGAACCAUCCGCUUCAUGUUGCUGGACAAUAGUUGGGCAACAUGUAUUCACUUUGUAACCAGCACAACAACUUGGCAUUGUGACUCAGUGGCAAGAGGGGUGUCACACAUCGCUCCCAUUCCUUUUGACUGACUGACUGGCAAGGCUACUUUGUUGGACGCGUGUGUCGGUGCAGAGGUAGUGAUAAGCAAACAGGAACUUCUGGCACUGCCGAGUAAACGAAACAGCGUUGUGCGGGUGCUGAAUCUGCCGUGUUUUUAAUUCUCACCGGACUCCUCAUGGAGCCAACAAAUCUGCAGAAAGCUAUUGCUGUAGCACAGAAGGCUUCACAGGAGGACCAGGCUGGAAACUAUGAGGAGGCCAUCCGCUCCUACCAACAUGCUGUCAAGUAUUUUCUGCACAUUUUGAAACGUGAACCCCAGGGUAAAGAUGGUAACCAGAAGAUAAGAGAUAAAUGUAAACAGUACCUGGACAGAGUGGAAGAACUGCAGCAAUACCAAGUGAAUAAAGAGAAAGCCAUCGAUCUUGCCAGCAAGGCGGCUCAGGAGGAUAAAGCUCAGAACUAUGAGGAGGCUCUACGCCUGUACCAGGCUGCUGUUCAGUACUUCCUUCACGUAGUAAAAUAUGAAGCCCAAGGUGACAAAGCAAAACAGAGCAUCCGGGCAAAAUGUGCAGAAUACUUGGAUAGAGCAGAAAAGCUGAAAGAGUAUCUCAAGAAGAAAGAGAAAGCUCCUGCUAAGCCUGUCAAAGAGUCGCAGUCUGAUGACAAAGGAAAUGAAAGUGAUGAGGGUGAGGAUCCAGAGAAAAAGAAGUUCCAAAAUCAGCUCUCAGGUGCAAUUGUUAUGGAGAAACCAAAUGUUAAAUGGAACGAUGUUGCUGGUUUAGAAGGAGCCAAGGAGGCGUUGAAAGAAGCUGUUAUACUUCCAAUCAAAUUCCCCCACCUUUUCACAGGGAAGAGAACUCCAUGGAGGGGGAUCUUGCUCUUUGGACCUCCAGGUACGGGAAAAUCUUACCUGGCUAAAGCUGUCGCCACAGAGGCAAAUAACUCAACCUUCUUCUCAAUCUCCUCAUCUGACCUUGUCUCCAAGUGGCUGGGAGAGAGUGAAAAGUUGGUGAAAAAUCUUUUCAGCCUUGCAAGAGAGCAUAAGCCUUCUAUCAUCUUCAUUGAUGAAAUCGACUCCCUGUGUGGGUCGAGAAGUGAGAAUGAGAGUGAAGCUGCUCGCCGUAUUAAGACAGAGUUUCUGGUUCAGAUGCAAGGAGUUGGAAAUGACAACGAAGGGAUCCUGGUCCUCGGUGCAACAAACAUCCCAUGGACUCUAGAUUCAGCUAUUAGAAGAAGAUUUGAGAAGAGGAUCUACAUCCCGCUGCCUGAAGAGCACGCCCGCUCCUUCAUGUUCAAGCUCCAUCUGGGCUCCACCCCCAACAGUCUCACCGAUUCUGACUUUAUCACUCUGGGUAAGAAGACAGAUGGAUACUCAGGAGCAGAUAUCAGCAUUAUUGUCAGAGACGCUCUAAUGCAGCCUGUUCGAAAGGUCCAGUCAGCAACCCACUUCAAACGGGUACGAGGUCCAUCAAGAGACAACCCCAACAUUACUGUGGAUGACUUCCUGACUCCUUGCUCACCGGGUGAUCCCAAUGCAAUUGAAAUGACAUGGAUGGAGGUCCCUGGGGAGAAGCUGUUGGAACCUGUAGUAUCCAUGGCUGAUAUGCUGAGGUCUCUGUCCAACACAAAGCCAACAGUUAACGAACAAGACCUGGAGAAACUGAAAAAAUUCACAGAGGACUUUGGACAGGAAGGCUAGGUUGGCCAACUGAGUCAAGCCAAGCGAAACCAAAGCAAAAGAAUUGUGAUUGUGUAUCUUUAUUGUCCUUGUCCUUUUUUCCCCCCACCUUUCUCUGUCUCAUCCUAACUAUUCACAUGGCCAUGAGGGUUAUCCAACCGGGUGAGAUUACUACAUCGUUUUUGCCAAUCUGAUAACCACACAGAGGGUGGAAGAUGCAGAUUUACUUGAUAUUCACUACUGUCCAAAGAAGAUUAAAGAUUUCCCACCAACAGCUGAUUUGACUGAAGAAUCAACACAACUUUGAAAGAUAAUUUACCUGUGCAUUAAAGACACUGAUGAGCAAAAUACUCAAAUAAAUUAGAGAAACUAACAGCAGCUAUUCUGAGACUUGAAAUCAAUAUUUUAAGGAAAGACUUGCUCUUGUACAACUCAGUAGAAAAAAGAAAUACUCCUCAUUUAUUCUCUGUUUUUUAAAGAAAGGAACAUUUAACAGGCUAAGUGGUACUUUGAGGAACAUAUACAUGAGUUCAAAGAAUUUGUUGUGGUGUUGGUGUCACUGGCUCGUGGUGGUGGUCAUAACUUUGAGAAAGAGAUACUCAGGAUGAGCACCUCAUUAGUCUCUUUGGCAGUUUUGGAUUGUUUAUUCACUUUCCGUACAAAUGAUGAUUGUGUUUACUCGUUUGUCAUUUGAAGUAAACAUGGUUUUUAGGGUGGCUCACCAGUGGUGCCGGACCAGCAUUACGUUCAUUUCUCAAGGACUUGGUAGCUUUGAAUUGCUUUGUCUUGCAGCUUGUGUUUUGUCUUUAAUACCUGUUGUACAUAUAUUUCAUUUCUGUCCACAGGUUUGCUAAUGAUCCUUAAUAUGAACUGAAAAACCAAGCCUUAUAUUAGGACAGCUUUAGCACCUCACAGCUGAUAAAAUGUGUGAAAUGUUGAAGCUGGACACUCAUGCCUCAGAUGGAGAAAUCUUAUAUACCUGACUUAGGAAUGCAUUUCCAACCAUGAACUUUAAAUAGCCAUAAGUGGCAGUGUGCACCGUGUGCCUUCUAGAAAUGUUGCAAGGGCCUUUUUUUUUUUUCUUUCCCCCAACUGAAUGGUUAUUUUUAUUUGUUUAUUUCUAAAUUAGUCCUACUGCUAAUAUAUCAAGUGCAUUGUCACUACAACAGAGAAAUGUAUAUUGCUUGUACAUUUCAUUUAGGUUCUUUUAGAGACUUUGUACAACCUUAGUCUGUUUCCCUUGAGAUGUGCAGUCACUUGGUAGUUUUUUUUAUAGGGGGACAUCUUUAUUUUACUGUAAAUGUAUAAAUAUAUAUAUAGCCAACUCUCAAGCCUUUUCUUUGUGAAGAGGUUAUCAGUGCAUACAAUUUUCUGUUUUUUCAUUUCCAGUGUAAAUAAAAGGUAAAGCAACAAA